AUGUCGCAACUGCCACAAGCGGACGGCGGCCUCCCCCGCUGCAACUACUGCGACAAGACCGACAAGAAUUGUGUAUACGAGCGCCCCAGGAAAGACCGUCUGGCGACUGCCAAAGACCGCAACCAUGCCCUCGUCUCCGUCCUCAAAGACCUCAGCCUGCGUGUUAGCGACGAUGACCGACGUCGGAUUGAAGAUGCCCUCCAGGAUUCAGAUGACGAGGUCGGGUCGCCCGUCUCUAUAUCCUCUUCUUCGCGAGCAUCCGUCCCCCAGCCCUUCACCCAACAUUCGCGCAUGCACCCCUUUGCCCCGUCGUCUAGCUAUGUGCCACUCGGAGCGGAAACGUCGCCGACGUCAGAUCAGUCGCCCCUGCCUCGCCUAGACGGUAUCGUUCCGGAAGAAUCUGGCGACGAAGACGGUGGCGAGCUGCCUAAUGUAGUCGAAGCAGGCUUCUUGGGCCAGAUCUCCGAAGUACAGUGGCUUCAGACGCUCAGAAGCAGAGUGCAAGCUCUCGAUACCGUUCUGCUUGGCCCACCUGACACUACUGCGCCACUUUCUCAGCCACCCUCGCCUACUUUCACUGCCUCACCCACCUCCCUUGCCGCAAGCCCGCUCGAACACAUUGCUCUCACCAAUUACUAUCUCGACGACGAAGGCAUCAAACUCACAGACUGUGGGAAUCCCUUUGAGCUGCCACCAGAGCAUACUGCAGCACUGCUAUUCCAGUGCUUCACCCAGACCAUCCAAAGCUCCUUUCCCAUCCUCCCCCCAACUAUUGAGCACCAGCUGCUCCAAUACUAUACCUUGGUUCGGAACGGGCAGGCUAUACAUUGCCCGGAGAAAUGGUUCGCGCUAGUCAACCUCGUCUUUGCCAUAGGCGCCAAGUUUUCACAUCUCAUCCAGGCCGACUGGCGAGCUGAUGAGCUGGAUCACAUCGUCUACUUAUCGCGUGCCUUCCAAUUGCUUAGUAUGAAUGACACAAUCGUUGCUGCUGGACUGUUUGCGAUUUACUACAUGACUGCUGGCCAUGUUAAUCGGGCUUGGGUAAUGGUAGGCAUGGCAAUGCGAUCGGCCUUUUCGCUCGGCCUUCACGUGCAACAAGACGAUCAAACUGUCUCUGCCGCCCGAAGGCAGAGUAUGGUUUGCACCUGGUGGAGUUUACAUGCCCUGGAGAGCAUGCUCAGUUCGAUUACCGGUCGACCGAGCAUUAUACCCAACGAAGACAUCACAACUCCACUGCCCAGUGCCGUGAAUAGCGAUCAGACCCAAAGCGUACCUGUGCCUAGCCUCGACUUUCUCGAUGCCGAUACCCACCUGAAUCUCUUGACCCAGCAAAUCAUCUCCAACAUCUACACACAACGUAGAUCUGCGCCAUCAUGGGACUACGUCCAACAAAUGACCAUAUCUCUAUGCGAACACCUUGACAAGUGGGCAUUUGAAUACAUUCCCCAAGUUCAAUCAGAAGAACGGAACUCAGCUCGCAUGCAACAACGCGACAUCUUCUUGCUCAAACUUCAGUACUACCGACUGAAGGUUCUGACGACUCGUCCCUCACUUCGCCGAAUUGAACGCUGCUUCCAAGCCGGAACCGAUGACUUCAAUUCGCUCGACCAGUCUGUGGCAGAGUCGUGUGUACAAGCGGCACGGGAUGUCGCGUCGCUGUUGGCGAACGAGUCUAAUGUCAGGAGUCUAUACGAAAAAGGGCCCUGGUGGACAAUUGUCCACAACAUCAUGCAAGCUCUCGCCGUCCUCAUGAUAGCCAUAUCCUGCCCCGAUCACUUUCGCGACACACACCAAGCGUCUGUGCACAGCACACGGCAACUCGUCACCUCACUCCGCAGCAUGUGCGACACAAACAUGUUGGCCUCCCGUGCCUACCAGGUCGUAUAUUCGAUAGUCAAGACGUCAAAACCGUACGUCUGGGCCGAUAUAGCGGAUGCCUUCCCGGAUGAGGUCAUCAUGGUGCUGCAACAGCCAGCACCAGCAAAGGUGGAUCCACAAUAUCUGCCAUGGCCGGACAACGACCAACCAUCCGAGGCUCUGUUCCGUUAUGAAAUGGACAACUUCGGUAACUACCACUUCCACAUGUUAUGA